AUGUGCCACUGGCGUCGAGUUCGAAACCACUACAGGCGCUGUGGGCAUUACAUUGAUUUGCCUGAUGAAGAGAUUCAAUGCGCCGAUCGCUACUGUAAAUUCAGCUCGACGCACCCGAAUGACUGUGUUCCCCCGCAGUGCACCGAGUCGUGCUGGCAGUACCGCCAGUUCCCGCAGCAAUACACACCCGUCAUCGACAAUUUCUGCCCCGUGUGCAUUCAAACCGGUGCCGCGCAUUAA